UUACGCUCCGAAAAAGCUUGUGAACAACCGCAGAGCGGUUGAUGGGGACGAGGCCGCCGCCUUCAUGAGCGCAUUGGUCACGGCGAAGGACACACGAACGCCCCACGGCAGAUUCUUCAAAGCCCAGUACUGCCACCGAGUGGCAAAGGGCAGAUUGCGGAACGUCCCACGGUCAAUCGACGAAGCGGGCAGUGACCUGCAUGAUAGACCCACACAGGUCACUGCCAGGAUCACUGCCUUGUGGGUGUGCGUUCCCUCUCCCUCCCCUGUUAACCCAGCCACAAAUGUUGCCGCGCGAAGCGGCGAUGCCGGCAGGUGAUAGAGGCAGCUCAGCACAUAGGGCCCGCCGCCAGAGAUGCCGAGGACGGCAAACUCAGCCACUCCCAGGUGCCUCGCUAGGGCGCCGAUAAGGUCAGGGAAGUCAUCGAUGGACCGGUUGGGGGCGAACUCUGAUCUCCCCACGCCCGGCCGGUCGGGCGCUAUCAGACGGACACCUUGGCUGCGCGCAGCGAUGGCUCCGGAAAGGGACGAGAGGCGGGACGCCGGCCAUCCAUGGAUGAAGAAGACAGGCCAGCCGGACAGGUCACCGCAUUCGAGAAAAGCCACCCGUUGACCUGAGGGAGGCACACACACGGCAGAUGGGAUAAAGACCUCAUUGGUUCUCAGAGAGUGUGUGUGUGUCAGCGUGCGGGAGGAUGUCGGUCACCGUCUAUUGUCGUGAAUGUUUCAUCUUUGUACUCGCCGACGCGCUGCCUCCACUCAUCCCAAGAGCUCGAGCUCGGAGCAGUCAACAUGGCCCUCGAGCUGCACAGCAACAGCGGCCUGCGAUGGAUCUGCCAGAAAGGAGAUGGAUGCCUGGAAAUGGCCGCAAAAGCAGCUGCGAAAGCGAAAGGAACGUUGUGGGCCUUCAGCGCCCGCAACAUGACUCACACCACACGAUCGACAGAGCGCUUUGAGCUCUC